CUUACACCAAAAAAAAAAAGAACCUUAUGAAAACGAAGAAAGUUUCGUGUAGUAAAAGAAACUCAACUAGCAAGAAUCAAUACAUCUCUUCCUAAGUUUUCUUAUAACUAUAGAUUCAUAUAAAGAGACAGGAAAGACCGGAGAAUGGUUUGGAGUAGUGGGAAGUUGAGAUGGAUGUUUCAGUUUGGAUUCAUCUGCGUUAUGAGUUUGGGAUGGGCUUCUUCUGUCUCAGGAUCCUUCUCCUUUGAAAUUCAUCAUAGAUUCUCAGAGCAGGUCAAGACCGUUCUAGGUGGCCAUGGCUUGCCUGUAAUGGGCAGUCUUGACUAUUACAAGGCGUUGGUUCACCGGGAUAGAGGUCGGAGGCUAACCUCCAAUAACAAUCAAACAACUAUUUCUUUCGCUCAAGGCAACUCCACCCAAGAAAUUAGUUUUCUACAUUAUGCGAAUGUGACGGUAGGGACACCGCCUCAAUGGUUCUUGGUGGCCUUAGACACGGGAAGUGAUUUGUUCUGGUUACCUUGCAAAUGCAAUUCUACUUGCAUUCGGACCAUGGAGACUGACCAAGGCGAGAGGAUAAAGCUUAACAUCUACAACCCAAACAUAUCAACAUCAAGCACAAAGGUUACAUGCAAUAGCACACUCUGUACAUCAAGAAACAGAUGCCUUUCUCCGCUCAGCGAUUGUCCUUACAGAAUUCGAUAUCUCUCGCCGGGAAGCAGAAGCACUGGUGUGUUGGUGGAGGAUGUGAUCCACNUGAUGUUAAAAAAAUUGAAUUAA